GCCUCGAGGCUAUGUCGGAGUGAGUUACAGUAUGACAAUAAUAAUUAUCGUAUUGUUAGUUGUAGGCUAAAAUAAUUAGAAAGAAGUACAGUGUAGUCUUGGCAGUAGAGAUUUAGAGCCUUGUUUGCUUACGUCUUUAGCAGCUGCUGCUCAAGAUGAAUGUGAUCACAGCGUUUCUCGUCUCCCUGCUCGCUAUUCCGGUAAUGCGAGUCUUCAAUAAUCUAGACCUAAUGUCAGACCAUCGAGCCAUAUUCAUAUCUGCCGCAGCCGUCUUGGCAUUCAUCGCAUUGAUCGUCUACGUGAAUAAACUUCUCACCGCCCAAGACAAGAAUCCCGUCAAUGACAAGUUCGUGUACGUGUUUGUUGUCUUCGCAUUCACGUCGAUUGUGGACUUGUUCAUCGGCCUGGAACUGCACGGCUUUGUGGAGGAGUACAUGGCGUUCUAUUUCAAAGAGGGCGAGCCUUAUCUCUACACCUCACAUGGUAUGAUCAUCAACUACUGGGAUGGUACUGGUCACUACAUCCUGGCUCUGGUGCUGCUCUACUGUAUCACAAAUAGACUGGAGCAUCGAUACACAGGCCUCUACUGGGUUGGGUCGAUCAUGAACAGUAUGCCAGUACUGUUACUGGGUGGAUUAACAGGAAAGUUUGGUCAUAAAGUGAAGCCAUCAUUCUUCCUGAACACACCGUAUGUGCUGUGUCCGAUACUGUUUGGCCUGCGUAUCCUCACGUCUCCCCGGCCAGAGUACAAACCCGCACCGGGCAAGGUCAAAGGAGCACGGUCAGCGUUUGUUUGGAUACUGGAUGCUAUUCUGAUUGUUGAGUUGCUGAUCUGUAUCCUCGUUUUCAUCGUGAAAGGAGUGGCGGCCAGCGGCUCACCAUCCCACUACUUUCAUCUGUAUGCAAGCGAUUAUGAGCCGUACCUACUGGACGCUACCAACUUUGGCACAAUCCAGGCAUUCCAGUACGCAGCGUACUAUAUACCAGGGUGUAUUGCGGUGAUCUACGGCCUGUGCGUACCUGGCUGUGCCUGGCUGCCCGACGUCUCGGCUCUCGUUGCGGGAGGUGUCAUGCAGGGUCAGCUCUCGUAUAUUGUCUCAUCGCUGGCCCAGCGCACCGACCCUCUGUCCCGGGUACCCGGUGAUGCAUUGCCAGUGUUCUGGUGUGUCAACCUUGCCGUCCUGCUGGUACCACAGUUCCUCUUAGUGCGCACUAUGCUAUUGCCACGCUUCUUUGCUACCCCUCCAAAGUCAACCAAGACGUCGUAAUGCUGUUGAAACGGCUGCUUUCCUGUUGCGGCGUGCUUGCGACGGUUUUAUGAUGCAUGUUGACAUCUGAACAUAUUUCGACAGUUUGUUUCCACAGCCUGCAAUGUCCGGCACUGGGUGAUAUUAUGGCGUCAGCAUGGUGACUUGCAUGGCAGAUCAUCUGCCUACGAAUCACUGUGCCACCGACUGGCCACCGUAUCGUGAUAAUCUUACCC